CCCACCCACUGUGUGCCUGGCUUGAGCCAAUGACCCCCUCAAGGCUUUCCGGAUGGGGUGUGACUGCUGUUACCUCAUCUUUUUUUUUAGAGACAAGAGGGCACCGAGAGGUUUAGCUACCAUUGGAGAUCACACAGCCAGCCAGGGCUGAGAUGGCAGCGCCCCCUGGUCCAGCAUAUCACCGUCUCUUGGGACCCCUGUGCGCCCUCAGACCCCGCCUUUUUUUCUCGCCUCUUGCGCUCUUGCUGUGGAUCGUCCUGAGCUGUGACCUGAGGGGUGCAGCUCAGGGUCCCGGAGAGUGGACGCCCUGGGUGUCUUGGAGCAGGUGUUCCAGCUCUUGUGGCCGGGGCGUCUCGGUGCGCAGCCGCCGUUGUGUCCGACUUCCCGGGGAGGAACCUUGCUGGGGGGAGAGCCAUGAAUACCGCGUGUGUCAGCUGCCGGACUGCCCCCCAGGGGCCAUACCCUUCCGAGACCUGCAGUGUGCGCUCUACAAUGGCCACCCUGUCCUGGGCACCCAGAAGACCUACCAAUGGGUGCCUUUCCAUGGGGCGCCCAACCUGUGUGACCUUAACUGCCUGGCGGAGGGCCACGCCUUCUACCACAGCUUUGGUCGCGUGCUGGAUGGCACCCCCUGCACCCCUGGGACCCAGGGUCUCUGCGUGGCAGGCCGCUGUCUGAACGCCGGCUGUGACGGGCUGCUGGGCUCCGGCACCCUCGAGGACCGCUGCGGCCUCUGUGGUGGUGCCAACGACUCCUGCCUGUUCGUGCAGCGCGUGUUCCGCGACGCCGGUGCCUUCGCCGGCUACUGGAACGUGACUCUGAUCCCCGAGGGCGCCAGGCACAUCCGCGUGUCCCAGCGCAGCCACAACCACCUGGCGCUGGUGGCCCGCGACGGGCGCUACGUGCUCAACGGUGAUGGAGUGCUCAGCCGGCCUGGCACCUAUGAGGCCGCGGGCACCCGAGUGGUUUACGCUCGCAGUGCGGGCCCGGAGGAGACUCUGCAGGCGACCGGGCCCACCUCCCAGGAGCUGUUGUUGCAGGUGCUGCUCCGGGAGCCCAACCCAGGCGUCCACUUCGAGUUCUGGCUGCCCCGGGAACACUACGGCCCCUUCCAGGCUCAGGCCCAGGCCCUGGGCUGGUCCCUGCGACAGCCUCAGCCUCGGGAGGUGGAGCCACAGCCUGUAGUGACCCCUGUAGUCCCCGAGGCUAUCCCAGCCCGGGUUGCAUCCCUGGUACCAGACUCCUGCGGGCCGUGUCCUGACAGCCGGGGUCGAGCACACCGGCUUCUCCAUUACUGCGGCAGCGACUUUGUGUUCCAGGCCCGAGUGCUGGGCCGCCACCGCCAGGCACAGGAGACCCGCUAUGAGGUGCGUGUCCUACUCAUCUACAAAAACCGCACGCCGCUGAGGUCUCGAGAGUAUGUGUGGGCACCAGGCCACUGCCCCUGCCCACCACUGUCCCCUCAUCGAGAGUACCUGUUGGCUGCCAGGCGACUCGUCAGCCCCGAUGGCACACAGGACCGGCUCCUGCUGCCUCACGCGGGCUAUGCCAGGCUCUGGAGUCCCGCUGAGGACAGCCGAGUUCGCCUGGCUGCCCGGCGCUGUCCAGUGUGAACCCCGGCCGCCGCUUGGGACCUCACCAGACGUUU